AUGGCAGUCCUGAAGGUGAAGUUCACCAAAAACAAGAGGGACAAGCUGGCCCAAGUGCUUUGGAUUGUGAACUGGAUAUCUGUGGUGACAGGUAUCAUUCUUUUCAGCCUGGGUCUCUUCCUCAAGGUGGAGAUCUCCAAGCAGCAGGAGAUCAUGCCCGACAGGCAGCUCCACAUGGUGCCUAACAUGCUGAUCGCCGUAGGUCUCAUUGCCUGUACAAUCAACUUCCUAGGUGGCAAAAUCUGCCAUGACUGUGUGGACAUAGCAAAGUACCUCCGCUGGAAGCUGUUGAUGCUGCCCUACAUCAUCUGCACCUUCUUCUUCACCUUCUGUAUCCUGGUGGGUGCGCUCAUGUGCUACGGAAUGCGCGGUGAGCUGGAGGAGUCUCUGCUGUCUGGGCUUCGUGAUGCCAUGCGCUACUACAAGGACACGGACACACCAGGACGUUGCUUCCUCAAGCGCACCGUGGACCUUUUGCAGAUCCAGUUCCAGUGUUGUGGCAACAACGAUUUCCGGGACUGGUUCCACAUCCAGUGGAUCAGCAACCGCUACCUGGACAUGUCCAGCAAGGAGGUGGUACACCGUCUGCGAAGUAAUGUGGAGGGCAAAUACCUGGUUGAUAGCGUGCCUUUCAGCUGCUGUAACCCCAGCUCCCCACGGCCCUGCAUCCAACACCAGGUGACCAACAGCUCUGCCCACUUCAACUACGACUACGCAACAGAGGAGCCGAACCUGUGGAGACGGGGCUGCCGACAGGCACUGCUAGAGUAUUUCACCCAGAUCAUGCAGUCCAUCGGCCUCACUGUCAUCAUUACCUGGCUUUUUGAGCUAUCGGUGUUGACAGGGGUGCGCUAUCUUCAGACUGCCAUGGAGAAUGUCCUGCGGAAUGGCAACCCUGACUCCGAGUCUGAUGGCUGGCUGCUGGAAAACAGUUUUGUAGAAAUGGCACGCUCCAACUUUAAGAUCAUCAAGAAUUUGGGCAAGUGUAAUCAGAUUGACAUUUCUGGCAGUGACGAUCCCAAUAUUGAUGUUCCCAGUUCUUCUUUUGCCCACUAUGGACCUGGCAACCUUCCCACCAAACAAAUUCCAGUGUACAGCUAA